AUGCCACCUUUGCCUCGCGCUGGGGCUCCCAGCCAGCGCCGCAUAGUGCUUUAUCACCAAACGUUAGUGCCUCGUGAGCACGGCUAUGUGCCUAUGUUACCUUUGAUAGAGAACUAUACCGGCGCAACACAUGUCAUACUCGCUGCCUUUCACAUAAAUGGCCAGCCGGGGGACAUUACGCUCAAUAAUGACCCGCCCGACAAUCCCAUAUACAAUCCACUAUGGGCGGAGGUGCCUCUGAUCCAGCGAACGGGAGUCAAGGUCAUGGGCAUGCUGGGCGGAGCUGCCCGCGGGAGUUUCCAGCGGUUAGAUGGGCUACAGGAAGAGUUCGAGGCCUACUACGCGCCGUUGCUGGCUAUCAUUCGCCGGUAUGGGCUUGACGGGUUGGAUCUGGAUGUCGAAGAGGCCAUGUCAUUGCAGGGCAUCAUCAGACUGAUUGACCGGCUCAAGGCUGACCUCGGUGACGGCUUUAUAAUCACUCUAGCUCCAGUCGCGGCUGCUCUUGUCGGGUUGGGCAAUCUGUCUGGCUUCAAUUAUCGCGAGCUCGAGCAGAGCCGCGGGCCGAAGAUAAACUGGUAUAAUGCACAAUUCUACAACGGCUGGGGCCGUGCUGAAGAUCCUCGCAUAUAUGCUGCCAUCAUUGCCAGCGGAUGGCCAGCGAGCAAGGUUGUUAUGGGUGUGCUGACGAACCCUGGAAAUGGCGGCCAGGGAUGGGUCUCUUCCGAGGAACUGGGCCCCGUGCUUGGGUUUCUGACAGUGCAAUUCCCUGAUUUCGGAGGUGUCAUGGGCUGGGAGUACUUCAAUGCUCUGCCUGGAGGACUGGAGAAGCCCUGGCAAUGGGCGGCCGAGAUGUCGCUCAGUAUGGGAAUGGAGCGUGUGCUCACAACAGCACAGAUGGUGGCUGGCAUGGGAUCGUUGAGAGACGGGCUCAUAGGUCUUUUGAAUAACCCAUUGAAUCACAUUCUGACACUAUAUACACCGUCUGUCAAGGUUCCAGGCCACCUGUUUCCUCCUAUCAUUUUGACCUGCUCCGGAAUCUAUCUCUCUUCAACCUUGCUGUUUUUUGCGCCGGCCGACGCGACGCCAGCCGAGGACAAACCAACAACUACCGAUGAGUUGAAUGCAGAAAAGGCAGAAACGUCCUGGCUAUCUGCCGGCAAAGCACUUCUCACGGGCGUCCCGUCGAAGAAACAAGUUCUCGCGACAGCGCUAAAUGUCCUGGUCAACGUGGCAUUGACAGGCUCCACCCUCGACUUUCUGCAACGCGGUCGAGUUCUAUAUCCCACCGAGGACCUCGCCUUCUCGCGCAUUGGCUAUGUCUCCCCAACCACCGCGAAUCUACUCGUGAGAGAACCGGACGUCGCAAAUUUCCCCGUGACGAUCAAGUAUCAGGAAGCAGCCCAGUCGAAUCUUGGAGAAUGGAUUGAAGAAGGCAAGAUAUACAAGCUUACCAACGAAACCGACUACACGGUUCCGGUGACCUUGAAGAACCUUAAGCCUGCAACUCAAUACCACUACGCGCUCUCGAAUAACCAAACCGGCACUUUCAUUACUGCUCCGCGAUCCGGGACACAGGCUGCCAACAGACUGAGUUUCUUGACCUCGAGUUGUAUCAAGCCGAAUUUCCCGUACAAUCCGUUUUCACACCCCCUCCGCAUUGCUGGUAUUGAACAAAUCUCGCAUGCGAUCAAGAAAUUGCCCUCGCUGAGUCGGCCUUCUUUCAUGCUCUUUCUCGGGGACUUCAUUUAUAUCGACGUACCCCUCCGGCAUGGAUCCUCAUUGGAAGAAUACCGAAGCGAGUACAGGCGUGUCUAUUCCUCUCCGAGCUGGCACGAGCCCGCGGACGAGCGGCCCAUCGACUUACCCUGGAUCCAUACACUAGAUGAUCAUGAAAUUGAGAAUGAUUGGGACCAGGGUAACAUGACCCAUCCUUAUCCCGAGGCAGUUGACCCAUACUCUUUGUAUCACGUCAGCGUGAAUCCUCCAAUCCCACCAAUGCCACAUGCCGCACCGGAGAACACGACCUAUUUCUCCUUCAUCCAAGGGCCGGCAUCUAUCUUCAUGCUUGACACCCGCACAUAUCGUACAACAGCCAAUCUCCCCAACUCUACAAUCCUCGGACAUGCACAGCUCAGCUCUCUUCUAACCUUCAUAGCACGCCCUGAACCUGCGGAGGUCAAGUGGAAAAUCGUCGCAUCCAGCGUUCCAUUUACCAAGAACUGGCACGUUGGCACGCAGGAUACAUGGGGAGGAUUCCUCAACGAACGCCGGACCGUGUUCGAGGCAAUGUGGCGUGCUGAGCGAGAACUCGGCGUUCGCAUUGUCCUUUUGAGCGGUGAUCGCCAUGAAUUCGGUGCAACUCGUUUCCCUGACCCGGAGUAUCAGCUCAGCUCCAACGAGCUUGUUGCGGAUACGCCAGAUAAAUACGGUAUCCAUGAAUUCAGUGUGGGCCCAUUAAACAUGUUCUAUCUCCCAAUUCGCUCGUAUUAUCAGACUGAUAGCGAGGAUAUCAUGGUUAAAUACGUGCCAAAUGGAAAUGUCAAGUUUGGACAAAUUGAUAUUGAUCUUUACGACGGAACGGGCGGUGCUUCGGACGUCAUCGAAGGUGGCAGUGGCAGUGAUAGUGAUGGCAAGGAUUCGCAUUCGGUGCUCACCUAUUCCUUACACACCGAUGACAAGGUUGUCUGGAAGUAUCAGUUGUCUAUUCCCUUGCAUUCCACCGAGGUAGGCACACGCUUGCCACCGGGCAAAGUGUUGUAUGAUCAAGCCCGUUUGCAAGGAUGGGGGCUACAAGAGGGAAUUGGAUAUGUUGAAGAGAAAGCAAAGGCUUUGUGGGAUGAUGUCAAAGAGAGGCUUGCACCGUUUCUGUAUUGGGAGCGGAAAGAGAUGAGAGUUGAUUAG